AUGGAGGCCUCCAAGGAGACCACCAGGUCCUUAUUAGCCACGACUGAGCUGAUUCAGGAGGUGUUGAGCGCCAACAGAGCGCUGGCGCGGUGCAGCUUCCCGGGGCCCUGGCGCGAAGGCCACGCGGCGGCCCUGUGCGCGCUGGCAGUGACAGUGGACAGGUCGCCGCUGACCGGGGACGACGUUGCUGCGCUGCUUAAGGGCGUGCGCGCGUCCACGCGGCGGCUGCAGCGGGGCCGGGCUGGCGGCGCGGCCGAGGCACCAACAAUUGCGGACAUUGUUGGCCGCAAAACCUUCGCCGGCCUGGACGCCGCCACCGCCGCCAUGCUGGACGCCGCCGCCGCGCCCUCUUCACUAGGCCCGCUGCCGCCCGGACCCCCUUGCAGCGCGUCGUGGCCGUCGUCGCGGGGCGGCUGA